CCUCAGCUCGUCAGGCUAAAGAAAAGAAGCUCGGAUUAACUCUGAACAGAGACUGAAACCCCCGAGUAUCCAGCACCAGCCCACAAUCUACAGUCACACCGAAAACAAGCCUGUCUGAGAGCCGGGACAGAAAACAACUGCGGCUUAACGGAAAUUCGGCUUAUGUUAAUGUAGUCGGAUAAACGUUCAAGUGAUGCCAGUUUUACAACCAUGUCUUUGUUAAGAACGCUCAGCAGACUGUGUGUUUACCGCAGUGGUCAACCGGUCCAUCUGGCUUUCAAAACACACGCUGAUCUUCAAGCAAAGCUCAGCAAGUUCCAGCUACGGAGUCUUCCAGUCAUCUGCUGUAGCACUUUAGCUCCAUCUAAUGAUAUUUCAGUGCAGUAUAAACAUGGCCGGCCGAUACUGGAGCUGCCGUUACCCUCCAGGCAGGAGAAGUGUCUGUUCUUCCUGAGACCUGUACUUUGGACUGUGAGUGAUUUUAUUCAUGAAAUUCAGAAAGAGGAUCCAGGAGUGUCGACCGCAUCUGUACUCACUAAAGAUGGUGUGAAUGUUUCAUCCUCUACACCCAUGGAAGCUCUCCUCAACAAAGACUUCCAGCUGUGUUUGAACAACAUCACCUACAAUAUUCUGGCAGCUCCUGCUGAAUCAACAACACCUGACGAGCAUGUGAAGGGCGUGGUGGAUGUAAAAAACAUGGUGCACAUGUUGCACACUGCACUACACCUACCUGAACACCACCUGAGGAAUGAAAAAUUGCUGCUGCACAAACUCGAUAUCCUGAAACACGAACUGAUGCCUCUCGAGCAGAUGAAGCUCCAGCUGGAUAUGAGAGCAGAACGCAAUUCCUCACAGGCCCUCUGGGUGGGUUUGGCUCUGCUCUCGGUACAGGGUGGAGCUCUGGCCUGGCUUACCUGGUGGGUUUACUCCUGGGACAUCAUGGAGCCUGUCACCUACUUCAUCACCUACUCCACCAGCAUUGGGAUCUACGCCUAUUAUGUUCUUACGAAGCAGGAUUAUGUUUACCCAGACGUAAAAGACCGUCAGUACCUGCACUACUUCUACAAGGGUGUCCAAAAACAGCAGUUCAACGUGCAAAAGUACAACAUGCUGAAGGACAAGCUGGCUUUGCUUGAGGAAGACUUGAGACGUUUGCGGAACCCAAAUCAACUGCAACUGCCCGUGGAACAGAUCCAGACUGACAGACAUGCUGCACUUCCUUAAAAAUGAUCAUUUGGUACUGAACUGAUGUUAUUAAUACGACUAACACACAUCAUCUCAUUUAUUCUAAUAAGAAAUAAAAAUACACAUUUCUUGCCAUAAUGCGAUUGUUUGGAAUAAACACAUUUAAAAAUAAAGCAUUAACUCCUCAA